AUGAUACUAAAGACUCUUACUACCUCGUACUUUAUACCGAUAGGUAUAGGUAGACAGAGCUUUAAGGUUAUUUAUGAUAGAAAGACGGUUAAUUCUCUAUAUAGGAUUAAUCGGAGGGAUAUUACUAAUACGUAUCCCUAUAGUAUCUAUAAUUUUAAUGCUUAUAUAGGUACUUUACCGGCGGAAGCCUUUAUUAACCGGCUACAGCCGGCUAGAUUGGCACUAUUAUCGUAG